AUGUUUAUUUUUAUUUACAUAAUCAUUAAUGUUUAAUCUUAUCGAAUACGAUAAAUACAAAAUGAAUCACUUGAAUUUUAGAUUCCUAUUUAAGAAGAGACACUCUUGCUUUCUCUUUUUUAAGCAAAAGAUUCAAAAUUAAUUACAAAUGAAACAUUUCCAUUUUGUCAUUUGAAAGAAUUAAAUCUAAUUUUUGAAACUAAAAGAUAAUAAUUUGAGAAUAUUGUAACAAUGAUACAUGUUAAAGAUGGUGUAAUAUUUAUAACUUCAGAUUAUUUUUUACAUUUGUUAAAAUUCAAUUAUUAGAACUUUAGUGGUGAAUUUGCUAAAAUUAUUUGGAAAGCAGAUUUCAAAGAACUAGGUUUAGAUACUAUGGCUGAAAUGCCUUAAUUACUUUAUUGUAGUACAAGUAAUUUAGGAAUACUGUUUCAAACUAGAGGGGCAGUAUUAUUUAGUGUUUAAUAAAUGGAAUAAAAAGUAGCUAAACUUUAGAUAAGAGAUUUAAGUGAAAUAAAAUAAAGAAAAGAAAGAGGAGUUACUAAAGAAUAUGAUAAUUAUAUCUUUUCUUGUGUUGGUUAAGAUGGUUUAGAUCUUUAUAAAAUAAUUGGAAAUGAAUUACAUUUUAUUGAUUAGAUAUCAAAUACUAGAUUUAAAGAUUUAGCUAUUUUGAAAAUUAAUCAUAUCAUCUAUCUCAUUCUAUUAGAUGAAGAAUAGUCAUGCAUUUCUGUCUAUUAAAUGGAUGUAGUCAUUAUAAAGAUUUCACUUAAAUUAUAAUUCAAAUUUUAAACAAUCAAACAUGAAUUUAUUGCAAUUGAUAAUUACAAAAGCAAUAUAUUUGUUGUAUAUUAAUAUCAUCAUAAAUAUAUUUGUGUAGAAUAUUAUUUUACUGAACAAGAAUUAAUUGAACUAAAUUCAUUUGAAACAUUUAGUAAAAUUAAAGAUGUUGAUGUUUCUGAAUAAUUUGCUAUAUUAUAAGGAUAAAAUAAACAUCAUAUUAUGUUUGUAACUAAAUUUGAUGGACUCUAAAUUAAACAUGUUCCAUAAUAUACUUUAUUAGGAGCAAUAGAUAUAGAUUUCUUUUAUUUAACAAAUAUAGAUCUCACAAUGAGUCAUUUAACUGAUUAAAAUAAUUUUUCUAUGGAAAACUUCUUUUUUGGAACUUCCAAAUCUGGAUUAUUUUUUACUAAAUUUAAAUUUCAAGAUCCUUAUAUUAUCUGUUAUCCUUUAAAAAAUCAAAAAAAUACUCAAUAGAAUUAUUAAAUAAUUUAAAAUGAAACUAUCAUGAUUUAAAAUAAUAUUCAAAAUAAUGUUAUAUUCUAAAGAUAUACAAAUAUUUCUAUUUUGGCUUAUGAUAAUGAUGAACCAUCAUAUUAUAAAUUAAUUACGUAUUUUGGAAUACCAAUAUGUUUAUCAAUUUUAUUAAUGGGAAUAUGUGUUUGGUUUAUAUCUAAAAAUAAAGAAAUCGAAAGAUUAGAAACUGAAAUAACUGCAAUCAAAAGUAAGAAAUCUUCUGGAUUAGCUGUUGCUGUAGAAUAUAAUACACCCUAAAUUAUAUAAAUUAUAAAUUCCCCUAUUAUACCUAGUCCAUUUUCAAAUACAGCAAGAGCACAUGUUAAAAAUACCUUAGCCAAUAUGGUUGUUGAUGGUUGA